AUGUCAGACGUUGAGACACCGGAGCAGUCUUUUUCGACUCCGACGCCUCAGCUCACUCCCAAGGCCAAGGGCCGCGGUAGAGGCCGGGGCAGAAAAGCUGUCGCGCCUAAGAAGGAGCCUCCCAAACCCGCAGCCACAGCUGGCACUGGUCGACGCGGCCGCUUCAAGCAGUUCUCAGACGACAAAGUCCAGGCAAAUUAUGAACGACAACGCGAGCUCAAGGCACAGUACGCGGCUCUCGCUAAUGCCGUGAAGCCAGCGCUACAAGAUCUGGCCUCGCGCUCCAUCGACACACUCACAAAUGACAAGGACUACCACAAAAAGGUGCCGGAAUUCAAAGUCAUCGAGGACAAUCUCGGCGCUCGCUUCGAAAGAUCCCUCCUUUACUUGGAGAACAAACUGGCGACUGCCGCCAGAACCGUCUUCAAGUCCAAACAUGCCAAGCUCGGCGCCGUUCGCGAUAUUUUCAAGAACGGAGUUGAAGAUGCGGAGGACAGAUUUUUGGAUGCGCAGCUUCAUCGCCUCAACCUUCUGGAAUACCUUCAUGACCAUGGUCUUCCUGUUGACCUUGUCGACGCCGGCUGGAAUUACAAGCAAAUUUCGGACAAGGAAGCCCAAGAAUUUGGCCUCUACGAAGUCUAUGUUGACGGAGCACUCGUUCCCUAUCCUCAACUUGUCGAAGGCACCGAAGCCCAUGCCCUGAGACAAGCUGCUUGGGCGGAGCCACAGACGGCGAAGGAGACUCUGGCGCCACCUUCCGCGGCGGCGACUGGGGGACGAACCAGCAAGCGCAAAGCCAACCAACAACCGGAUGGCCAGCCGGCCUCCAAAAGGUCUGCUGCCGAUGUCGCGCCCGUCCGCCACAUUGCCGGUAUCAUGUCGGCUCAGCAUGCUCCCAUUGAAGACGAAUCAAAUGAGAGCACGCCGGUACCUGAGGGUCCUUUGACCGCUGACCAGAGAGAGCCCGCCUUGCCGGCAAAGGCUUCAGAGCCAGAUGAAUACGGUUGCAGACAAGUCAACCGGCCGACAGCCAAGAAUGGAGCGAGCAUCGCGAAUCGCCUCAUUGUUCCUCCAUCAUUUCAGUUCGAUGACGACGAGAUUGGAUUCCGUGAUUCGACCAACUCCCCUAGGCAUGGAGCUACGCUCGCCAAGCGUGGAAAGUAUCUCGGCAAGCCGAACUCGAACACCUGGCACUUUGAUCCUCUGCUUGCUCGUUGGGAUGCUAGAGACCUCGACGAAGAAGACUAUGACUUGGAACUUGUUCAGAAGCACGGCACUCACCCCCGAUUGGGUUGCUUCCUGCCUACGAGCAAAAAUGACUCUGAAUCGCCAAAGCCAGAAGCAGAGCCGAUGCAUCCUACUGUUUUCCUUACUCCCUCAGGCAAUAUUAUCCAUGCAUCUCGUGUCGUCCCCGUCGCAAAGGUCGAGAUUGCUCUUGCCGACAAGCCAUACUCGGAAAGAAUGGGAGCAAUUCUCUCAUCCAUCUGUGAAAAGGAAGACAUCUCUCCCGAAGACAUUGAGGGACCUGAGCUCAAGGCUCUGAAGGAAAUCUCAGAAGAGUAUGCCGAGCAACGACUCAUCGCCGAGUCUAUCAAGGAGUCCGAGCCCGCGAGUCUGGAGGAUACGCCUGCCACUUCGCCCCUCCCUAUGAAUGACUCGGCCCUCAACAUUGCUGGUCUGGAGGAGCUGGUCGUGGCUGCGGAAGCCGUCGAGGCGGAGUCCAAGGUCGUGGAACUUGUCGAAGAGAAGCCGGUGAUCCUGCCCGCUCCGACCCCAGUCAGACCUGCUACCCGCGCUUAUGACGCUAUUCGCGACAUAUUUGGAGGGUCAGAAUCAGCUGCCGUUGAGCCUCCAGCUCCCGUCCUGGUGCCGGAGCCCAUCGACACUACUGCGCUCGCAAUCCUCGCCGAUGCUUCUACUUCCACGUACCCUCCCCAGCCCGUCGAUCUUGUCAUGGCCGAUGUUCCCAUCAGCCAACCCAUUCCAGUUGAUGGUCCUCCCCCUCCCCAUUCUCAUCAUCAUCACAUCGACUCUGGUUAUGUGGUUCAGCCCAUUCCCGCUGAAUUCCGCAUCCAGGCCGCGCCUUCAAAUGAUAGCGUCGGCUGGAUUGAACCCCGAAUCGCUUCGCCAGGAGCAGACGGUCGAAUUCAUCCAUCUAUCGAGACUCCGUCGAUGAGAGAUCCGUACUCCAACCAAUUACCCCCUGCUCGCCCAGUCGAGAUGUCCCAAAUGAGGUCCUCGAUUGACGCCACCAACGAUACCCGCCGGCACUCCAUGUACCACGAGCACAGCGCUUCAUCGGCCUACAACGAGCAGCACUUGCCUCAUCCGCAUAACCAGCAACACCUGCCGCAAUCAGACCCCAUGAUCGACCCGCGUCUUUACUCUGCACCGAUGGAUGCUUCGACCGCACAUCAUGAAUAUCAACAACAGGCUUACGGUCAAAGCCAGCAGGGUUACCACUUGCCCAGCAUGCCUAUGCAAGGAGGACCAAUGGCACAAACUUCUCCUCAGCUGCAACAAUCUGGCUCUACAUCCCGUAUGCCGUUCACGAACCCUUCUCAGGAUAGGAGCUCGCCGCUUCCGCCUUUGCGACCGUCUCGAGGCCGCAAGAGUGCUCCCGCUGCACCAGAGCAGGGCGUUCCGAUCGAACAACAUCAGAUUCAGCAGCAGCAGCAGCAGCAGCAGCAACAGCAGCAACAGCAGCAACCGCCGCCGCCACCUUAUAUGAGCACCAACAGUGGCUCAUUCUACCCUCCUGGGCCACCCAGGCCAUACCACAAUGGAUACACACAGGAGCAACCCGGUUUGCCGCCCAUGAUGAACCAGUAUCCACCCUACCCAGGCUCACAACCUCCACCACCACCUUUGCAGCAGCAGCAGCAACAACAGCAACCGCCACCUUACGGACACCCAGGCAUGUCUCCCACUUACUCAUCCAUCGCCCCGGCACAAAGCCCUCCGAAUCUCCAGUUCGUUCCGCAGCAACCCGGCGAACCGUCUAGAAGCCGGGCUGGAAGUGGCUCAUCAACUCCAAGUGGACAGGGAAACAGCAAAUACCCCAAGCUGGCUCCUGCUCCCCUGCCUGCUCACAGAGUAGGCUGGCCUCAGGGCCCUGAACUGCGAACCGUUCAGUAUGACUACAAGGAAAACAUCAAAGACUAUGCGCCUACGGAACCCCCUCCGCGUCGCGGCCCUGUCCAAAUUCGGGGCUGGAACAUAAACAAUAAUAGGAUUCAGCGCCAGAAGACAGAUGAGAACGGCGACGAGCGACGCGGGUCCCGCUAG